CAGGAUCUUCCAGGCGCCUGCAGCAUCACCGACCUCCACGACGCUCUGUCCCUGUCCGAGGUCGGGGACCGCAGGUUGUUCCUCAUCGGUACCAUGUGAAGAGGGGCGAGGCGGAGCUGAGCUCAGGCGUUCAGGACGCCCGGGACCUGAUCACCCAGAUGGUUUGUGAAGGCAGAUAAAAGAAAGAAAAAAACACUCUGGUUGCAGUUUGUCGGUGGUUUUCACUAAAUCCUGUGUUUUUGGUUCUUUGCACUUCUUCACUUUACUGUUUUCACUACACCAGGUCGGCUGAAACUCUUUUAUUUUAUUUGUGAGAAAAUUAAAAAGUGUUGUUUUUGAUACGUUACAGGUGGGAUUUAAGAACAUAAUUUAGUUUUACUGUUAACUAACAACCAGAUAAAUAUUUUUUUUCCCAGACUUAUCUUUAUUGAUGCUGAGGGACACUCCUGGAAAUUGUUUUCUAAUUUUAUCCUCAUCAAAAAUUAAUUUUCCUUUUGGCCCAGCAGGUGGUGAACAGAGCCAUAAAUGUUACUCACAUGGUUACAGCUUUAUCACCAGCAAGGUGCUAACAGUUUGUUAGCAUCGUAGCUUCUUCCUCUUCUCACAGUGAAUGUAAACAAGCAAACAAACCAAAAAAAGUAAAAGCACAGCCUGUUAUUUUUCAGAUUUGGACUGUAUCAUGAUGUUGUUCAUGUGUUACAAUCUACAGAAUAUUUAAUACCUCAACACAAAGACGUAAAGAAAACUUUAAAAACAAGCAUAUCAGUUUAGAGUAACGUUAAUUUCCUGUUUGCAUUCACUGACAUGUCAAAGUAAAACACAAAAACCUGAGCAGACUCUGUGUUUCUGGGUGUUUUUAUGUUUCAAACUGUGACUUGUUUCUGCCAUCUGGGGCCGCCAGCAUGCAGAAACACUGAGUGCAACCUCCUGAGUCAAAACCUCCGGGAGAGAAGCUUCCUGUCGUGCCGUUAAUAUUCAGAAGCGUAAUUCCAGCAGGAAACCACAGUUAUUUAACGUCUAAAUAAAUAAAACAGCUCAUUAUUGAAGCAGCUGGCUCCAAUAAUCUGCUGUUUUACUGUCGUGUUAUUAAUGACGACACCAAAAAUGAACACUGUACGUGUUGCUGUCGAGUUUACAGCUUUAAAAACAUUCAUGAUACAAGUUCAUUGUUUUCUACUUUAAUGUGUUUUGUCUUAAAUUUAAAGGGAGUUUUCUUAAAAAGGAGGUUAUGUUUUUCUUCUGGAUCAGCUUUAUGUGUUUACAGCUUUUUCCUCCUUAUUUUAUCUUCUUACUGUUUCAUUUGAUGAAAUCUGCUGUGUAAAGCCUUCAUAUGUGUUUCUGAGGAAUGUAAAAGUUUCAAAUAGCACUUCUUUUUUUUUCAUUUUCAUCCAAAGUUUCUCCAAUUUUUUUUCCAAAACCAAAAUGUGCGAUUUAAAGUAUUGUGUGAAAAGAUUUGUCGCAGUUUGUUAAUAGUUUUUCACAUUUAAAUAAAAUGUUUCCAGUAAA